AUGUAUGUGAAGCAGAUUAUCAUCCAAGGCUUCAAGAGCUACAAGGACCAGACGGUUAUUGAACCCUUUUCACCCAAACACAAUGUGAUUGUCGGUCGCAAUGGAUCUGGCAAAAGUAACUUCUUUGCGGCUAUUCGCUUCGUUCUAAGCGAUGCCUAUACCCACCUUGGCAGAGAAGAACGCCAGGCCCUGCUACACGAAGGCUCGGGCUCGGCUGUGAUGUCGGCGUACGUUGAGAUUAUCUUUGACAACUCGGAUGACCGAUUCCCAACAGGCAAGCCAGAACUCGUCCUACGCCGAACGAUCGGAAUCAAGAAAGAUGAGUAUACGCUCGACCGGAAAAAUGCGACGAAGAAUGAUGUUAUGAAUCUCCUCGAAUCCGCCGGUUUUUCCCGCUCGAACCCUUACUACAUUGUCCCUCAAGGUCGUGUCACUGCAUUGACAAACAUGAAAGACUCGGAGCGGCUUGUGUUGCUGAAGGAGGUUGCCGGUACUCAGGUAUACGAAGCUCGACGUGCCGAAUCGUUGAAGAUUAUGCAAGAGACGAAUAGCAAGCGUGAAAAGAUCGACGAGCUGCUAGAUUACAUCAACGAACGGCUAGCAGAGCUUGAAGAAGAGAAGGACGAGCUGCGAAGCUAUCAGGAAAAAGAUAAAGAACGCAGGUGUCUCGAGUACACGAUCUACUCUCGCGAACAACAUGAGAUUGCCAAUGUUCUCGAAAACCUUGAAGAGCAAAGGCAGAACGGGGUUGAAGAUGCGGACAACAAUCGUGACCAAUUUGUCGAAGGGGAAAAGGCAAUUGCCCAGAUCGACGCUGAGAUUGCUGAAUUCCGUCAGCAGAUCGAAUUCCUCAAGGUGGAUAAAGCGCAACUGGAAGACGAGCGACGUGAAGCAUCAAAAUCCUUGGCACAAAUCGAGCUUCGUGUCAAAGCUUUGUCCGAUAAUCAGGCAGCUGCACUGGCACUCAAGUCGCGCCACGACAGCGACCUUGAAGCCGUACAGAGUGCCAUUCAAGAGCGCGAGGAAGAGCUCCAAGACCUCUUGCCACGUUUCAAUGCUUCCAAGGAUGAGGAAGACGCGGUGAAAGCUCGCCUCACAGAAUCGGAAACUUCUCGUCAACGUCUGUAUGCUAAACAAGGUCGCAACUCUCGCUUCAGGAACAAGACCGAGCGAGACAAGUGGUUGCAAAUGGAGAUCCGAGAGACCCAUCGAUCCAUUGCCAAUGUGCAAGGCGUCGUGGCGCAGACUCAAGAAGACAUCAGAGAGCUUGAAGAGGAGAUCGCUCUGCUCGAGCCUGAGACCGAGCGGCUACGAAAGCAAAUUGACGGUCGUGGUGAUACGAUGCACUCUGUUGACCAGCAGAUCCAGGAUGCCAAGGAUGAGCGGGAUCGAUUGAUGGACCAAAGAAAGGAAUUGUGGCGAGAGGAAGCAAAGCUUGAUUCUGUUCUCUCAAGCGCGUCGCAAGAGAUGGAACGAUCCGAGCGCAGCCUCUCCCAAAUGAUGGACAACAACACAAGCCGAGGCCUUGCGGCCGUCCGCCGUAUCAAACGUCAAUAUAAUCUUGAAGGCGUCUAUGGCACUUUGGCGGAACUCUUUGAUGUCAAUGACAGAUACCGAACUGCGGUUGAGGUGACAGCAGGCCAAAGCUUGUUUCACUACGUUGUCGACAAUGAUGAGACUGCGACCAAAGUGUUGGAGAUUUUGCAGAAAGAGAAGGCCGGCCGUGUGACGUUCAUGCCAUUGAAUCGGCUGCGAUCCAAGCCCAUGAACAUGCCUCGGGCAAGUGAUACUAUUCCAAUGCUCGACAAAAUACAGUUCGACCCAGCCUACGAGCGAGCAUUCCAGCAUGUGUUUGGGAAAACGAUCAUCUGUCCCAACUUGCAAGUAGCCGCACAAUAUGCUCGAAGCCAUGGCGUCAAUGCAAUUACUCCCGAAGGAGACCGUUCCGACAAACGCGGAGCUUUGACUGGUGGUUAUCACGACUCACGCCAGUCACGACUGGAUGCUGUGAAGAACGUGGCUAAAUGGAGAGAUGAGUACGAGUCUAAACGCAAUCGCGGCGGGGAGAUCCGAAAAGAACUGGAGAAGCUGGACCAGCUCAUCACCAAAGCUGUCGGUGAGCUACAAAAGUUGGAGCAACAAAAGCAUCAAGUUCAAAAUAGCAGCGGUCCUAUGCGACAAGAGCUCCGCGGCAAGCGAGAUCUUCUGCAGAAAAAGACCGACACCCUCGAUGCCAAGCGUCGUGCGCUUCGCAACGUUGAGUCUAACUUGGCUGCUCUCAACGACCAAGUGAAUGCUUUCCAGGGUGAAAUGUCGUCGCCUUUCCAGAAAGCCCUGACCAACGAAGAAGAGGCCCAACUGGAGAGUCUGAGCGGAGCGGUGCAAGAGCUUCGGAAGCAGUAUCAAGAGUUGUCGCGCCAACGGAGCGAACUUGAAGCGCGCAAGUCGGUGCUUGAAGUUGAGCUCCGAGAGAACCUGAACCCCCGUCUCGAUCAACUUCAGAACCAAGAUGUGGACAUGGCCGAGGAGGAAGUGCAGGGUAACCUGAAGGAGACUCAACGGGAGCAGAAGCGUCUGAGCAAGGCUCUAGAGAAACUUAACAGUCGCCUCAGCCAAACCGAUUCCUCCAUUGAAGAGGCUACCGCCAAGGUGAGCGAUUUGCAGCAGCGCAGCGCAGACAUGCGUCGUGGGAUGGAAGAUUUGGCUCGCUCGAUCGAAAAGCACCAGAGACGCAUGGAGAAGAGCAUGCAGAAGAAGGCAGCUUUAACCAAACAAGCUGCGGAGUGCGCGGCGAACAUCCGUGAUCUUGGUGUCUUGCCAGAUGAAGCAUUCACUAAAUACAAAAACACUGAUUCCAACGCUGUGGUGAAGAAGCUCCACAAGACCAAUGAGGCGUUGAAGAAAUACUCCCAUGUCAACAAGAAGGCAUUCGAACAGUACAACAGCUUUACCAAGCAGCGGGAGACCCUUACUAGCCGCCGCGAGGAACUGGAUGCCUCGCAGAAGUCCAUCGAUGACUUAAUUUCUGUUCUGGACCAGCGCAAAGACGAAGCGAUUGAAAGAACAUUUAAACAGGUCUCUCGAGAGUUCGCCACUGUCUUCGAGAAGCUCGUGCCCGCUGGUCGUGGACGCUUGGUGAUUCAGCGCAAGACCGAUCGCACUGCUCGUGGCGAUGAUGAGCUUGACUCCGAAGACGAAGAAGCUCGACAAAGCGUUGAAAACUACGUCGGUGUCGGCAUCAGCGUCAGCUUUAACAGCAAACACGACGAUCAACAACGUAUCCAGCAACUAAGUGGUGGACAAAAAAGUCUGUGUGCUCUCGCGCUGGUGUUUGCUAUCCAAGCGUGCGAUCCCGCGCCAUUCUACCUCUUUGACGAGAUCGACGCCAACUUGGACGCACAGUAUCGGACGGCCGUCGCUCAGAUGCUACAGUCUAUCUCAGACUCUACCAAUGGGCAAUUCAUCUGCACGACCUUCCGUCCCGAGAUGCUGCAUGUGGCUGAGAAGUGCUACGGCGUCAGCUUCAGCCAAAAGGCCAGUACCAUUGACGUAGUCUCGCGCGAAGAAGCCCUCAAGUUUGUCGAAGGACAAAAGGCAUGA